CUUCGUGGAACUCCUCGACGCGCACAGUUUUUUUGGGUAGGUCAGGUCAAUCAACAAAUAUUCAACAAUAUGGCUCAGACCAACCCCACAACCAUGAACCCCAUGCCUAUGGGGCCAUUUAAGAUCACCGUCUAUGAUCAGGAGCACUUCCAGGGCAGGCGCAUGGAGUUCACCGCUGCCUGCCAGAACAUCAUGGAAUGUGGCAUGGACAACAUCCGUUCCGUCAAGGUCGAGUGUGGAGCUUGGGUGGGCUAUGAGCACACCAGCUUCUGUGGGCAGCAAUUUGUGCUGGAGAGGGGUGAGUACCCAAGGUGGGACUCCUGGAGUGGCAGCAACGCCUACCACAUUGAGAGGAUGAUGUCCUUCAGGCCCAUCUGCUCUGCUAAUCACAAGGACUGCAGAAUCAUUCUCUUUGAGAGGGAGAACUUCAUUGGACGCCAGUUUGAGAUAUGCGAUGACUACCCCUCUCUGCAGGCCAUGGGCUGGUGCAACAAUGAAAUCGGUUCCAUGCAGGUCCAGAGUGGAGCCUGGGUGUGCUAUCAAUACCCUGGCUACCGCGGAUACCAGUACAUCAUGGAGUGUGAUCGUCAUGGUGGAGAGUACAAGCACUACAGGGAGUUUGGCUCCCAUUCCCAAACCUGCCAGAUCCAGUCCAUCCGCAGGAUCCAGCAGUGA